AAGCCAGGCAAGGGAACUCGGGAACUGGUCAGCAGUGCCUUGCGUUUGGGUUGUCGCAACCACCUGGCUGAUAGGGUCUGACAACAAUUUGGGAAACGCGGGGCAACAAGUUGGUAGCUCUGAUUGACUCUCCCUGUUACACUAUGCUACCUUUCGCCGCACAGCGACGCUCGCCUGCGCUUGGGGAGAGUUUAGAAGGGUAGAGCUGCGAGUUAGCCCCACAGACAGGAAACUGGGCGCGAAUGGUUCGGCUGGUGUUAGUUACAUUAGUUUCCAUUGACAAUCCAAUUUCAUCUCACUGUAAAAUAUCUCCAGCUCUAGUUUGUUUUAAUGUUAUAUUUGCGCGGCCACUUAUAUCACAUGUUUAAAGAAAAUCAGAGGCUUUAAACGUUGAUUCUAGUUUGAAUUUGUGCGAGGACCUGCGAUACUGCACAUACUUUUGUUGAUUUUUCCAGGUACUAACGUGGGCUCCCCAAUGGAUGUUGAGAGUGCUUGUCCUGCUGGCAAUAACGGAGAUGAAAUGUGUACAAUGGAGUUGUCUACAAGUGGAGCAGAUGACAUAAGAAUGAAUUCCAGAAUGCCAACAGGAAAUUUGGCAACACCAAAUCAUCUUCCCUUUGAUAACCUUGAAUAUCCAUCACAUCUGGAUGGACAACUGGAGCUUUUCCCUCACUGGCAUUUUCCUGCUAAGCUAGCUGGGGGCAUGUCAAUAGUUGUAUUUGUUUACACUUUACUCAGGGAUAUCAUUUAUCCCUACAUGACAGAAAACAAAAAUGUAUUUUACAAAAUUCCAAUUUUGGUCAUGAACAAAGUUCUGCCAGUUGUUGCGAUUAUACUUUUGGCUUUAGUUUAUUUGCCAGGAAUUCUGGCAGCCAUCUUCCAACUCUAUUUUGGUACAAAGUACAGACGAUUUCCUCAAUGGUUAGCUCGCUGGAUGUUAGCACGGAAACAACUUGGACUGCUCAGCUUUUUUUAUGCUGUUCUACAUGCAUUCUUCAGUCUGUGCUAUCCCAUGAGAAGAUCGUAUAGGUAUAAAUUACUGAACUGGGCUUAUCAGCAGGUAAAAGAAAACAAGGAAAAUGCCUGGAUUGAAGAUGAUGUAUGGAGAAUGGAAAUUUAUGUUUCCUUGGGAAUUUUGGGUCUCGCACUUCUUUCUGUUUUGGCUGCGACUUCAGUUCCUUCUGUCAAGAACUCAUUGAAUUGGAGAGAAUUCCAAUGCAUACAGUCAAAGAUGGGAUAUUGCGCGUUACUCCUCUGUACUCUUCAUGCACUGGUGUAUGCUUGGAGAAAAUGGGUGGAGCUCAAGUACUUCAUCUGGUAUACACCGCCAACAUUUAUAAUUGCAGUUUUUUUGCCUGUUAUAGUUUUGCUGUGCAAAACUAUAUUUCUGUUCCCAUGUCUUGCAAAAAGAUUGUGUAGAAUUCGAAGAGGUUGGGAAUGGAAGUCAAAAUAUAAAAUGGAUCCUGCUCUUAGUACUAAUGCCAUGGAAGAUAAGUCAACAACUAAAGGAUUAAUGCAUGCAGUGGGAGAUCAACAAUAACUCCAUAGUACAAAUGAAUAGAACUCCCAAUUGAUUAUUGUGAUAUAUGUACGUGGAAAGUACAUUUGUCUUUGUGUAAAACAUCUUUUGUUCUGGAUAUCAUUCCUUUUAUUAAAUGUUUCUUGUUGAGUUUAAAUAAGUAAAGUAUGCAUGUAUACUAAAACAAUAUUUAAUAUAUGUGGUAAGGUAAAGUGACUUCACUACAAAGGCAAAGUGACUUCAUAUUCCAUACAAUUUGUGCAGUAACCAAGGUAUUUUAAAUGGUUUAUAGUCAGCAUACAAGCUGAUUAUUGAAAUGUUAAAAAUAAAAAAUAAAGCUUUUUAACUCUUCAA